UUAAAAAACCAAAAACCUUGUGUUAUCGAAGUGAAAACUGUGAUUAUAAUAAAGUGACUGUAAGAAUCUAAUAAUCACUUUAAAAAAAUUAAAAAACCAAAAUGGCACAACCUAUAAUGGAACAAUGUCUACUAACACUGACUGAAAUUCUAAACAGUCAGAAUAAUGCAGUGCGGAACAUAAGAGUUACAAUAGAAAAACGUUUAAAAUAUGUAGAGAACUUUACGGGAAAGCAAGGCACGUUACCUUCUUUUAUCGCGACGAUAGACCAAAUUAUAGAAGAAUUUGGACCGGUAAAUAUUAACGAAGUGUUUGCUGUUGUCUACAAUGAGAAAAUCGGAGGAAUCGCAAAGAACUUCCUAGCAAUUGAAGCACCAGCAUCGUGGGAGGAAUGCAAGCAAAAACUGAAGAUACACUUCCGGCCAACCAAAGACGAAGCAACAAUCCUGAGAAGCAUUAAUAGUAUAAAGGUAAUAAUGCUCCUAGUACUAUUAGUAACACAAACAACACACGGCAUUCUUCAAACAACACUAAUUAAUGAACAAACAGGUUAUUUAAAAAUAAAAAUUAAAGAUCUAGAAAUUACUAACCAAACAAAUACAAUUCUACAUAUUAUAGACCCAGAAGAAAUUCUGAACACAAUAACACUCAUACAAACUAACAUUAAACACUUACAGAUCGAAAACAAAGAUAUGAUAUUUAAAGAAAUAGAAACAAUUAUAGCAAAAAUUAAGUCGAUUACACCUAAAGAACAGAGAAGAUUUAGAAGAGGUUUAAUAAACGUAGUCGGAAACGUAGAAAGAUGGCUCUUCGGAACCAUGGAUAAUGAAGAUAGGGAACAAAUUUGGAACUAUUUAAGAAUAUCAGAAGAAAACAGCCAUAAUGCCAUUGAUGAGAAUUCUUACUCAAACCGAGGAGGAGUUACAUAUGAUAUAGCAGCAACUACAAUGCAACCGAUAAGUGCAGCGUCGGCAAUGAAGGGUCAACAGCACGAUCAACCAAAAAGUGCAGCAUCGGCUAAUAACGGUCAACAGCACUUCCAACCAAUAAGUGCGGCAUCAGCAAUAAAGGGUCAACAGCUCAAUCACCCACUAAAUGCAAUGUCAGCAUUAAAAGAAUAUAAAAGCAAAGUCAUAACCGAUCAGCGGAGCCCAAUAAUACGUAUGUAA